CUUUCAGAAGUCUGACCGUUUCCUGUGAGAGCAAAUCCAUGUGCUCUAUCCUUAUCGCAGCGGAAUGCUUGUAUAUAAAAUGAGGCAUCCCCACCAUGAGUCUUGAGAUUUCUUUCAGUAUCCUUCACUUAAUCAUCAAUCAAAAUGUCUAAUUUGGGAAAGAUCGUCUCAGGAUUGCUUACUGGUGCACUGUCACUAGUUGGUAAUCUGACUCCCAGUCAGCAGAAUGGUGCUUCUCUUUAUGGCACGUUGAAUGCACCUACACUGCCUGCUUUCCUCACAAAUAAUCCCCUUCCGCUCGGUUUUCCGUGGGGAAGUCGAACCGCAGGAAACACAAAUCCUGACUUCCCUCCAACUACUGGAGUUACAAGAUUCUAUGAUUUUACGGUUUCCCGAGGUGUGAUCAAACCUGAUGGUGUUUCCAAAAACGUCAUCCUCAUCAACGGUCAAUUCCCAGGACCCACGAUAGAAGCAAACUGGGGAGACCAAAUAAUGGUUACUGUUCAUAACAAUAUCAUGAGUCCUGGGGAAGGAAUUGGUAUUCAUUGGCAUGGAUUCCUUCAAAAGAAAACUCAGUACUACGAUGGUGUUGCAUCUGUUCAGCAAUGCCCAAUUGCUCCCGGUAGUUCAUUCACGUACAACUUCCAGGCUGAUACCUACGGCACCACCUGGUAUCAUUCGCAUUACAGUGCUCAGUAUGCGGAUGGAUUGAUUGGACCCAUCGUUGUCCACGGUCCGAAAAAUCAAGCUUACGAUAUCGACCUCGGCCCAGUCAUGCUGAGUGACUACUUCCACAAAAGUUACUUUGAGAUUCUCCAAGGAGUGCUCUCCAACACAUUUGACUUCUCGCUUAUCGUACCAGCAAGCGACAACAACAUGAUCAAUGGCAAGGGUAUCUUCGACUGCUCGAACACAACCCGUCCUUGUACCCCGAAUGCUGGAAUAAGCAAGUUCCGUUUUCGCAAAGGAAAAGUUCAUCGUCUUCGGCUGAUCAACACUGGUGCUGAGGCGGUUCAAAGAUUCAGCAUUGACGGUCACAUGUUGACGGUUAUAUCGAAUGAUUUCGUACCUAUCAAGCCUUACACGACGAAAGUUGUGACGCUCGGAAUUGGCCAACGAGCCGACGUCCUCGUCACAGCAAACGUCGGAGGUCUAACUGAUAGCUUCUGGAUGAGAGCUAACAUGUCAAUUCCCUGCUCUGUAACUAAGCAACCUUUCGCACUCGCUGCAGUCGGGUAUGAUUUUGCAAGUCUAUCUCAAGCACCAAAGUCCAAACCUUGGGAUGUGCCAGAUCCAGGAACAUGCGCCAACGAUGAUCUUGCGAUUACAACUCCAUUCUUUCCCGUCGCUCCUCCAGCGAAGUCAGAUUUCAUUCAACAGUACGACAUCAAUUUUGCGCCAAAUGCCUCCAACAUCUUUCAAUGGAGUGUCAAUGGCCAAGCAUUCAGAGGGAACUACAACGCUCCAGUGCUGAUGUUGGCCAAUCUUGGAAACACAUCCUAUCCACCGGAAUGGAAUGUUUAUAACUAUGGAACAAACGGAUCAGUCACCUUCGUUGUAAACAACCCAGCUGGCUUCCCAGCUCACCCCAUGCACAUGCACGGACACAACUUCUUCGUGCUACAUCAGGGACCAGGAGCAUGGGAUGGAUCAGUAACAAAUGCUGCCAAUCCAAUACGACGUGAUGUGAUCCAGGUACCAGGUGGAUGGCACGUUGCCAUCCAGAUAGUUACAGACAACCCUGGCGCCUGGCCAUUCCAUUGUCAUAUUGCUUGGCAUGUCUCCGGGGGCUUGUAUAUCACGAUUUUGGAGCAGCCUGAGAAGAUCAAGGCAAUCAAGAUCCCUCAGACACUUGCCCAAGGUUGUAGGGAAUGGGCCACUUUCACGGGGACGACGGUGAUCAACCAGAUUGAUUCUGGACUUUGAAUUGAAUGAAAAAUGAGUUUGGACCACUUUGUAAAUAUAUUUAUUUCGUGAACGGAAGGCUUUUAGGGAAAGUGAAAAUUCACUUUUGAAUGUAUGGAAUUCUCUUGAGAUCAGAGGCGAGGUUAAUUUCUGGAGAAAAUCUUUUGCUUCCAACAUCGGACUCCUCCCUUUUAUGAGCGGCUGAAAUAUGGGAAUCCCACAACUGUUGCACUAACACCAUAGAAACCACGUAGCAAUAGAUUCAGACUUGUUGUGC